CACUAACAUUGUGACACGAGAUUUUUAUAUGUAUAUUAGAAGAUAGAAGAAGAAGAUAAUGUAAAUAUUUAAAACUUUAAUUUUGUUAAACAAUUUUUAAUAAUUUUUUUUAUUGAAGAAAAAUUUAAAUUUUUGUUGUAUGAUGGCCACCACGUACUUAUAGUAUAAACUCACAGAUGAGUACAUACAUAUGUAACGCUUUUUUUAAAUAUUAUCUUAAUCUACUACCGUUAUGUUUUAAAUCAAUGAAACUUUCUGCUACUUUUAAUACCAUUUUAUGCAACGAUGUAUUACAAUUACAAUUUUCCAAUUUAUUGUUUUCAUAAACUUACAAAUUUCUAACGUCUUCUUAUUAAACGGACCAAAACGAUGCAUUAGAAGGCCGUAUAAAUACAAGGCAGUGAAGAUUUAUCAUCUCAUUUUGUCAAUAAAAUAAAACGAAAUAAAUAAAAGUGUAUAAGUCUGUGUGAACUAAUUAUUAGUUUUGGAACAUAAAAAACAAGUGCUUUAAUUAAAUAAAAAAGUGGAUUUGUAAGAAUAGUAGCAGCCAACAAAAUGACAGAGGAAACAAACUGUUUACGACCAGCAACUGCUGCACCUGUGCCUGGUGGUGGUGGGGAAUAUGUGUGGACACAUAGGGAGCCUCUAAUGCAUUUACAAAAGUAUACACCCUUCUUUCGUUUAAUUGAUUUUGUGGAAAAAACACGUACAAAACGUUUUUAUGAACCUGCUGAACGCUUCGAGAUUCUAAUGUCAGCGUGCAUACUAAGGCAUCCAGCACCGUUUUGUCAGAAUCGCCGUUUUCCUGAGGACUAUUGGGCAAAUUUGUCAAUUGGUCCAGUUGCCGAAGCUUUUGAUCGUUUAAUUGCUGCUCUAGAUAUACCCAGUCCCCAACUAUUAUCGCAAAUGAAUGCACAAGAUUGGGAUACGUGGAAGAAAAAAUUUGAUUUAGCCAUGGCAGACAUACGAAGACUCUCCUACUGUACAGAUUUGGAUAAAUUGGCUGAUAUUGGCAUUUUCAAUCGUCACACAUUCGAACAACGUUUCAACAUGCAGUGGCACGAAUAGAAUUUUGUACAUGCAUGCAAUGCAACAGAGAGUAUGAUAUGUAGUGCACAGAAGAGGUAGUAUAUAUAACAUGUGUAUGUUGUUAUUGUUUUCCCCUAUGUGGGUCAAGUUUAAAUAGGAUGAUGACGACGUUGUAAAAACAUAAUAAUGGUGGUGGUAUAUUUUGUUUAAGCAUCAUAUGCAUAGAAUAAAAUUGGGUUGAGUUUUUGUUUUUUUAUUUUUAUGUUAUGGGUUACAUAGAGACGAGAAGAAAUUGUCAAAAACCUAACUCUUGCAACAACAAAAUACAUCUUAAUCAAAGUAUUUUGUUGCUGUAUUAGGCAAAUGAUUUGUUUUAUUUUUGUUUGACAAAACGGAUGCAUAAUUCUUUAUGUUUAAAACCUUAUUAAUUUUUAAAAAUUACAUUCUGUUAGUUUCUCCUUUUUUUAAUCAAAUCAAUGUAAAACGAAUUUGUAUGUAGUCUCGUAUUAUAAUAAAUAACUGUAGUGUUUUAAUUUGUAAUUUAGAAUUAGUCAAUCGUAAAGGAAUUAUGUUUUAUACACACAAACAAUUUUGUGUGGUGUGAUAAAUAUAAAAUUUUUCUAUAUUGGUUGUGGUUAACAAAUUAAUAAAAAUGUAUGCAUGUCUCAUUUUGUAGGGAGAAAAAUACAUCAAAACACUAGUUUAAAACCUGUAGAGGCAGGAAAAUGAAUGGUAAUUUUAUUAUCUAUGUUACAUUUUUUUAAUUGUUUAGUUUAUUGCUUAAGUUGCUUUUGGCAUGGCGAAGGGAAAAACUUAA